UUCCCUGUGCUGACGUCUCUGGAGCCACACCCAUCCAACCCAGGUGCCCCCCCGCACUGCGAAGAUGUUCCAGGGGGCGGGCUGUGGACGCCGGCCUGGAGCAGCGACCCUGCCUCAGCUCACCCGCCCCCGUAGCGAGGACCCUGGGGCGGGUGAGGGCUCCGCACGGCUGACAUGCUCUCCCCCGACCCCCUUCGCAGAUUACGUCUACUUCGAGAACUCCUCCAGCAACCCGUACCUGAUCCGGAGGAUCGAAGAGCUCAACAAGACGGCCAGCGGGAACGUGGAGGCCAAGGUGGUGUGCUUCUACCGGCGCCGUGACAUCUCCAGCAGCCUCAUCGCCCUGGCCGACAAGCACGCCACCCUGUCAGUCUGCUAUAAGACCGGAUCGGGGGCCGACGCCAGCGAGGAAGGAGAAAUAGAGGAGGAGAUGGAGAACCCGGAGAUGGUAGACCUGCCUGAGAAGCUCAAGCACCAGCUGCGGCAUCGGGAGUUGUUCCUGUCCAGACAGCUGGAGUCCUUGCCUGCCACGCACAUCAGGGGGAAGUGCAGCGUCACUUUGCUGAAUGAGACCGAGUCCCUCAAGUCCUACCUGGAGCGGGAGGACUUCUUCUUCUACUCUCUGGUCUACGACCCCCAGCAGAAGACCCUCCUGGCAGACAAGGGGGAGAUCCGGGUGGGGAACCGGUACCAGGCGGACAUCACCGACCUGCUGAAAGAAGGUGAGGAGGACGGCCGAGACCAGUCCAAGCUGGAGACCAAGGUGUGGGAGGCCCGCAACCCGCUCGUGGACAAGCAGAUUGACCAGUUCCUGGUGGUGGCCCGCUCUGUGGGCACCUUUGCCCGGGCCCUGGACUGCAGCAGCUCCGUCCGGCAGCCCAGCCUGCACAUGAGCGCCGCGGCCGCCUCCCGGGACAUCACCCUGUUCCACGCCAUGGACACGCUGCACCGGAGCGUGUAUGACGUCGCCAAGGCCAUCUCAGCCCUGGUGCCGCAGGGCGGGCCCGUGCUCUGCAGGGACGAGAUGGAGGAGUGGUCAGCCUCGGAGGCCAGCCUUUUCGAGGAGGCCCUGGAGAAGUACGGGAAGGACUUCACAGACAUUCAGCAAGACUUCCUUCCCUGGAAGUCGCUCACCAGCAUCAUCGAGUACUACUACAUGUGGAAGACCACGGACAGAUACGUGCAGCAGAAACGCUUGAAAGCGGCUGAAGCGGAGAGCAAGUUGAAGCAAGUUUAUAUCCCCAACUAUAACAAGCCAAACCCGAACCAGAUCAGCGUCAACAACGUCAAGGCAGGCGUGGUGAACGGCGCGGGGCCGCCAGGCCAGAGCCCUGGGGCCGGCCGGGCCUGCGAGAGCUGUUACAUGUCGCCUCUGCGCAUCUUGUUGGACAUAUUGGAAGAAAUAUGGUGGCUUGAAAAUGCCAACCCGGUUAGAUGGAGAGAGGCCGGGACCCAACCGCAGUAACAUGAGCCCCCACGGCAUCCCGGCGCGGAGCAGCGGGAGCCCCAAGUUCGCGAUGAAGACGCGACAGGCUUUCUACCUGCACACCACCAAGCUCACGCGCAUCGCCCGGCGCCUGUGCCGCGAGAUCCUGCGCCCCUGGCGCGCCGCCCGCCACCCCUACACGCCCAUCAACGGCGCGGCCAUCAAGGCCGAGUGCACGGCUCGGCUGCCGGAAGCCUCCCAGAGCCCGCUGGUGCUGAAGCAGGCCACGCGGAAGCCCUUGGAGGCCGUGCUGCGGUUCCUCGAGACGCACCCCCGCCCCCCCAAGCCCGACCCAGUGAAGAGUGUAUCUGGCGUGCUCAGCGGCCUGACCCCUGCCAAGUCGGCCCCUGUCAUCAACAACGGCUCCCCCACCAUCCUGGGCAAGAGGAGCUACGAGCAGCACAACGGG